AUGUUGUGGAAAGGCUUCCAGCGUCCGAAGCGUCUGGAGUUUGACGCCGAGACGCUGACUGAUCGAUUUGGCCGGUUCUAUGCCCAGCCGUUCGAGCGCGGUUUUGGGACGACAAUCGGGAACGCGUUGCGGCGCGUCCUGCUGUCGGCCAUAGAAGGGGCAGCAGUCACAAGCGUGAAGAUCGACCACGUGCUUCACGAGUUCUCGCCAAUUCCUGGUGUCGUGGAGGACGCGACCGACAUCAUCCUGAAUCUGAAGCAGAUUCCGAUCAAGCUUCACUCCGAUCAGACCAAGAUCCUGUACUUGCGGGCCGACAAGGCGGGUGAGGUCAAGGCGGGCGAUCUCGAUGCCGACGGCGACGUCGAGAUCCUCGAUCCCGGUCUGCACAUCGCGACGGUGGCCCAGGGCGGCUCCCUGCACAUGGAGGCACGGGUGAAGCAGGGUCGCGGCUAUGUGGCGGCCGACAAGAACCACGACGAAGACCUCGGAAUUGGCUGGAUACCGGUCGACUCAGUGCAUUCGCCGGUCAGGAAGGUCAACUAUCUGGUCGAGGCGGCCCGACUCGGACAGACGACCGACUACGACAAGCUCACCGUGGAUGUCUGGACCGACGGGUCUGUGACUGCCCGUGACGCGGUGUCGCUGGGUGCAAAGCUUGUGCGUGACCACCUGAGUAUCUUCAUCAACCUCGAGGACACGGAGGACACGUCUCCUGACCUGGACACCGUGCUGUUGCAUUCUGAAGCGAAUGAGCACCUUGACAAGAGCGUCGAAGAGCUUGAGCUCUCGGUACGGUCGUACAACUGCCUGAAGAACGCUGACAUCCGUACGAUUCGUGAAUUGGUGCAAAAAACCGAACCAGAGAUGCUGCGCACGAAGAAUUUCGGUCGCAAGUCGCUUAACGAGAUCAAGAAGAUCCUGCAGAGCAUGGGACUCGGUCUCGGGAUGCGGAUCGAUCAACCGGCCGCCGCUGACGUUGAGGCGUAG